CUCCUCUCAUCGGUCUCGUGUGUCUCUUUGCGUGUAUAUGUGAAUGUGUAUGCACCUUUCCUUCUUUCCCUCUUUCUUUCAUUCCCAGUUCCUUUCUUCCUACGCGCAUCAUCUUUCGACAUCGCCCAAGGAAGUAGACGACUGCGACGUCCCUUUCCUCUCUUUCCUUUUUACACUUCACCCUCCCCACUCUACUCCUUGCAACAAUCAGUAACCAACCAUGUACCGGAUCACUCCUCAGCUUUCCGAAAGGAUCAAGCACUUUGCAACAUUUCCUCAAACAGGCGUCUCAUUAAGACAGAUGGUCAUGUUUGGUCAAAAUCCAACUCAGGGGACAUUGUUUAAAGCCAGCCAAUUCUUAUCAGAGGAACUACCUAUCCGUCUUGCCCACAGAGUCAAGGAACUCGAAAACCUUCCUUAUAACCUCAGUGAUAUGCCCUCAAUCGUCCGUGUCAAGAACUGGUAUGCCCAAUCUUUCCAGGACAUUGUUGAAUUCCCUAACCGUGAGAUGUCCUCUUCACUCAAGGAUUUGGCCAAAAAUAUGAAUAAGCAGGCAGACAUGCAGGCCUUACCAGGGAAUUCUCCAAAUUUGGCCAUGCCCAAUGGCAGCAACCAGAACGGCCGUCGAGCAGUUUCGUUAUCGCACAGAUAUCAUAGUGCUAUGGACGGAACUGAGUGGCCUGCAGAAAUGCAUGCAUACAACGAAAAGUUUACAAAGAUGAUUGAAGCCGUAAAGCGUAGACACGAUCCUGUCGUCACUACAGUUGCUCAAGGAAUUCUCGAAUUCAAACAGCAAAAAACAUCACCUACUGUUGACACGGACGUACAGGCGUUCCUGGAUCGAUUCUAUAUGUCUCGUAUUGGAAUCCGUAUGCUGAUUGGUCAGCAUAUUGCUCUGAACAAAGGACCAUCACGUAAAGAUUAUGUGGGCAUUAUUUGUACGAGGACAAACCUUGCGGAUAUGGCGCAGGAGGCUAUCGAUAAUGCCAAAUUCAUCUGUGAGGAUUACUAUGGUUUGUUCCGUGGGCCAGAAGUCCACCUUCAUUGCAAGAAGGACCUUGAGUUUAUGUAUGUUCCUUCCCAUUUGAGCCACAUGCUCUUUGAACUGCUUAAGAACUCCCUCCGUGCAGUCGUGGAGCAAUAUGGAACAGAAUGCGAGGAAUUUCCACCCAUUAAACUUAUUGUUGCGCAAGGAAAAGAAGAUAUUGCGAUCAAGAUUUCUGAUGAAGGAGGUGGGAUCCCUAGAAGCGGCGUCCCAUUAGUCUGGACAUAUAUGUAUACAACUGCACCGUCGCAGCAUCUGGAUCCAACUUUCGAUAAGUCAGACUUCAAGGCCCCUAUGGCAGGCUUUGGUUACGGACUUCCUAUUAGUCGUCUGUAUGCAAGAUACUUUGGAGGCGACUUGAAGCUGAUUUCUAUGGAGGGAUACGGCACAGAUGUCUAUUUGCAUUUGAACAGAAUCUCUAACAGCGAUGAGCCAUUGCCAUAAGCGUGGAAUAUCUUCUGACUAGGCACUUUUUUUUCGGACUAAAUCUCGUUAAUAAAAAA